AUGGGAAUGAGGUUACCAGGCGGAGUUCGUUCGGCGGAGGAUUUCUGGGAGAUGCUCAUCGAGAAGAAAACAGGCCACGGCGAAAUUCCCGAGAGUCGAUACAAUGCAAAAUCAUUCUGCGAUCCAAAGAACCCACGACAAAUUCGCACCCGAUAUGGCUACUAUCUUCAGGAAGACCCGGCCUGCUUUGAUGCCGACUUUUUCUCGAUGAGCUCCGUUGAGGCAUCAAGGGUGGAUCCGCAGCAACGUCUCCUUCUCGAAGUCGUUUGGGAGUGUCUAGAGAAUGCAGGAGAAACAGACUGGCGUGGUAAAAACAUAGGGUGCUACGUCGGUACUUUUGGAGAGGACUGGCUCUGCCUUUCCACAAAGGAAUACCAGCAUAUUGACCGCUAUUAUGCGUUGGGGACGGGUGCAUUUGCUUUAUCUAACCGUAUCUCGUACGUAUAUGACUUCAGGGGGCCUAGCAUGACGAUCCAAACCGGUUGCUCUGCCUCCCUUGUCGGCGAAUAUGGUCAUAUCGGAAAGUGGGACGUGCCGAAGCUUCGACCAGAUCACAAUAACGAUCCGAUCCGUGGAGUUAUUCGGGGUACUGCAUCGAACAGUGAUGGAUGGAAGUCAACUAUUACUGCUCCAGAUGUACUCUCUCAAGAGAGUCUGAUGCGUACAGCAUAUAGCAAUGCCAACAUUAGCGAUAUAUCGCAGACGCCUUAUUUUGAAUGUCACGGCACUGGGACAGCCAUGGGUGAUUCUGUGGAGCCAUCUGCUAUCGCCCGUGUGACGAAGGGGAACUCUGUAUAUAUUGGUUCGGUCAAACCCAACGUUGGCCAUUCAGAGGGUGCAUCAGGUAUCACCAGCGUCAUCAAGACAGUCUAG